AUGAAUCUCUUCUCGCUGGCGGUCUUGUACAUCUCGGUUCCGAGCACCCUCCCUAUCCAAGUAGAUGGGUCAACUGGUCUGCGGCCCGACGACGCCGACUUUGUCUAUUACGAACAAUGUUCGAAUCCUGCUCCCUCCACCUCCUCCCCGCUUACCCGUGUCAAGGAUAACCCGGCUGGCUAUCGACAACAACCACCCGCCUGUGCCGUCGAGCCCACACUUGUUGGGAACUUCGUCUCCAUGGCUACAAACGACCGACAGCUCCGCUGUUUGGACACAGGCCCCUCUCGAUGA